GCCAUGGUUGUGCGAUUGCUACUCCUCCCGGGGAUCUCUCAAAAUAGCUCAAUUUUUAGAAAGAAAUUAGAGCCCGUGCUUCAAUGUUUUGGGACGGACGUACAUUAUGAAAUCCUAGAUCCGCCACACAAGUACACACCGGAGGCCGCAAAACAGCUGGGUCCCUGGUUUGAUUCAAGCGCCAACUUUGAUGCCCCGGAACUUCACCCUCGCUAUUGGUGGAGGCCGACCGAAGAUAAACCGCCGUUGUAUCGAGAUGCUGAAGCGAGUGUAAUUUAUCUCCGCGAUUUCUUGGCACGCCGGGACCAACCGUUUGAUGGUGUCCUUGGGUUCAGUCAAGGUGGAGCUUUGGGGGCCCUCCUAAUAUCCAUGCUGGAGCAGCCGGAGCUCAGUCCCGAGUUCCUGGUUGAUGGAAAACCCCCUCACCCCCCGUUGCGCUUCGGCAUAGUGAUUGCAGGAUUUACUAUGCGCGACCCGAAAUACUUGAAGGCAUUCGUCCCCCCACCCCUUAAAACGCCAUUGCUUUUUGUCGUUGGGAAGAGGGAUCGGGGUUACGCGCGCGAUCUCGAUCUACUACCUAAAUUCCAACAUUGCCGCCUUGAAAGGCACGAAGGAGGUCACCUAGUUCCUACCCGAGGAGAUUGGCCGCGUUUCUUCAGUGAUUAUAUUCGCGCUUAUGACCAGUCAAGUGUCAUUUCCCCAUCAGAAGUUCCUUCCCCUCUUUUCACCCCCGCUUUCUCUCUCGACAUAACAAUCCAUGACAGAUCUAAAUUAUGAAUUGCAACGACAUGCGCCGCACUGUUGGACGAAAUCCAUAUGUUUCUUAAGGUGUUCCUUGUUUCCUGAACUUAGUGAUGGCAUGUCAGCUAGAUGGAAGGCCAGGUGGCGGCAGAGUUACCGGAGCAGAGCCAACGGUAAUGGUUAGAGAAUAAGUGCUGUUAUUAGCUUGGGAUACACCCUAAAUCUGACUAUCCGACGGAGUUUUUGGUAUAAUAUUGUGCUCCCAGAUACAUAAUAGCUAUUGGCAUAGCAAUCCUACAUCACGAGCGCCGUCGGUCGGCUAGCCAGCAGGACUUGGGUACGUCGGGGGACCUUAGCGCACAAAGCUUUAAAGCCCAUGUUUCAUGUCCCAUUUAUUCCUUUCGCGUUUUGUACGAUGUCAGGUUACGCUUCAUUGUUCUCAGCAGCGCAUGGGGCGCGUUCCUGACAACUUUACCAGGAGCGUGAUAUCCAUCGAGUUUGGUGUCGUG